AGGACAUCGUUUGGACAACAUACCUCAUCUGUCAGCAUUCGACUUGAUUCUGCACUUGCACUUCCACUUCCACCCUGUGCAUCAGAUUUUAUUGCAGCUGCGAUUUCUACUUCGUAUAGGGUCUGACCUCGCCUUUGCCUUACAAUAGCGCAAGACAGCAUCAGUGGGUCCGAUAGCAUUCCCGCGAACCCCCUCAUCCACCUCACCCACGUCCUCGAUGACAGUCGGACCAGGUCCAGUCAAAACCGAUCCGCAUCACCUCGCAUCACUACGCCAAGCCAAGCCAACCAAACCAUCUUCCUGACAUUAAACCAACAUUGAUCCGGGGCAUGGCCGAUCACAUCACAGACGACCAGGUGGCAGACCUGCUGCGGGUCCUCCGAUCUGAUGCCUACGCCGACGUCAAAGUCCAGCACAUCAACAACAUCAAGUCCGGCAUCAAGCAGCAUAAUGUCCCCGAACACCUCGUCGCCCAAAUAUUCGACGGUUUGCGCACCGCCUCCGUCUCCCAACAUGGCGUCCUCGCCAGCGCCGGGCUCACGUCCCUCAACCACCUCCUGACACGCCUGUCCCGCCAGGAGCCCAAGCUUCUCGCCAAAGAGCUCAAGGCUACCCUGCCCGUUGUGGUAGACAAACUGGGAGAUCAGAAAGAUAAACUGAGGGCCAUUGCUUCUCAGGCCCUGACUACCCUGUACGGCGCCGCUCCUGCCGACGUCGAACGCUCUGUCAGAAAUGUCGCCAUGGUCGGCAAGAAUCCUAGGGCAAAAGAAACCGGCAUGCAGUGGUUGCUGCAUAUGCACAACCAGCACGGGCUGCAGUUCCGUGCUUACGUCCCGACUCUGAUGGAGUUGCUGGAGGAUGCCGAUGGGAUGGUCCGUGAUAAUGCCAAGUCGACCGUCAUCGAGCUGUUCCGGAACGCGCCCAAUGCAGCCAAGUCGGAUCUUAAGCGACAACUGAAAACCUUCAAAGUGCGACCCGCCAUUGAGCAGGCCAUCGUCAAGGAAUUAGCCCCACCCGGUGGUGGCCUUCGACCGGAGACUCCUCUUGAUGCUGCCCCUCCCCGUCCGCCUUCCCGUGCCAACCUUGCCGCAAGCGUAUCUUCGCUGUCAAGUGACCGACCGAACACCCCGGCCCUCGAGCUCCGCCCCGAGCAGGUCGAGCCAGCUUAUGUCAAUACCCAACGUGAACUGGAUGACAUGUUUAAGGAGAUGCAUCUCUACUUCGACGGUAGGGAGACUGAGCAGAAUUGGCUGAAGCGCGAGGAGAGCAUGACCAAGCUGCGUCGCCUGAUCGCCGGCAACGUGCCCCAGGACUUCCCCGAACCUUUCAUCGUAAGCCUCCGAGGAUUGCUGGACGGUAUUAUCAAGGCCGUGACCUCCCUUCGAACCAGUCUGUCCAAGGAGGGAUGCGCUCUCGUCCACGACAUCGCCGUGACCUUCGGCCCCGGAAUGGAUCCCAUGGUGGAACUGUUGAUGCAGACCUUCAUCAAGGUCGCUGCCGCUACCAAGAAGAUCAGCUCUCAGCAGGCCAACUUCACAGUGGAAACCAUUAUUGGCCGAGUGACCUAUAAUAACCGCAUCAUGCAGCAUAUGUGGGCGGCGUGCCAAGAUAAGAACGUCCAACCCAGGACGUAUGCAUCCGGAUGGUUGAAGACCUUGCUCAAGAAAGAGAGCCAUCACAAGAAUCACAUGGAACAUACCGGUGGCCUGGAUCUCCUCGAGAAGUGUAUCAAGAAGGGUCUCAACGACCCCAAUCCCGGCGUGAGGGAGAAAAUGCGUGCAACGUAUUGGACCUUCGCCGCUAUGUGGCCUGCUAGAGCCGAAGUUAUCAUGGACAACCUCGAAAGCACAGCCCAGAAGCUGCUCAAGAGGGAUGCCAAUAACCCCAACUCCUCGUCCCCUAAGAAGGAAGAGGGGGCUCGUGCUCGACCGGGUCUGGGCCUGUCUAAGAGCACCAUGGGCCCGUCCAAACCCAGUUUGAGGGAAACCGUGAUGGCGCAGAAGAGGGCCAUGGUUGGUCCGCGAAACCUACCGGCACGUCCGGGAUCAGCCAUGGCCCAUAUCUCACCGGCGCGGACGACCUCUGGUUCGAGCACUUCGGCCUCCACCACGUCGGCUGGCCCCGCCGCCCCAUUGAAAUCGACCGUCUCCGGAGGCAUGUCUGUACGGCCUAUGAGACCCGCAAAGAGGCGACCGGACAUGGCUCCACGACCUGCUACCGCCGGGCCUUAUUCCGUCCGAUCCCACGACGACGAGCCAGGGGUGGAGGCGCCCAGCCCCGAGACCCUGAGAUCGAAAGAGAUCAGUGCGAGGCCGAAGAUCGAGCCGACUCCCCGACGGGCAGCGUCUAGGGUGCGGCCUGGGCAUGCCUCACAUGCUAGUGAAUCGAGCAUCCCAUCCCCUAUGGGGAAACCGGCAGCGUCCAAACUCGGGGCGUCGCCGCGGGUCGCGACUACCAGGCUCCCGCAAUCUCCCACGUCGCUGCCUUUGCGUCUGAGUAGCCCUGCAAAGUCUGACGAGAAUCUCACCCUGGUGGUUCCGACUGUAGAAAGCCUGAGACGGUCACCGGGCCCAGAGGCAGCGGCGUCCAAGCUCAGCCCUCGCCUCAGCCCUCGCCUCAGCCCGCGCCUCAGCCCCCAGCCCAGUCCUCAGCAGACUCCUACACGGCCAGCCGCACCGGCCCUGGAGGAGGGUCCUAUACAACAGGUUCCUGCAGAUGACAUACCUGCUCUGGAAGAGCCUGUUCUCAUUGAUCAUCAGGAUGAGCCUAUCCAAGUUGCUCCCGGACAAGAAACUCCUAUCCGGGGGAGCCCUCUGUCUGCUCAGGCGACCCCUGUUGAGAAAAGCCCUGUUGUCCCCAAGAGCCCGUCAGACGACCUCGGCGCCACUUCCAACCAAGCCGUGAAAGUCUUCGAGGACCCAUUCACGGCGGAUGAGCAGCAGACAACCAACCCGACCAUUGUCACCCCUGUGCUAGAAGACAGGCCGGUGAACGAGAACGCAGGGGUUCCGGCAGCCAACGGAGGAGAGCCAGAAGGCAACGGUUUACUAACCGAGUCGCCCCCCGACAAGUCGCGUCAAAACUCGCGACUUCUCGAAAGCGGCAUCACACGCGUCAAGGCGCGCUCGCUGGACGUCCACGGCUUCCGGAAACUGCAGACGCUGAUCCGGGAGAACAAGGCGAUGUUCACCAACGACAAGUUCGACACGCUCCUCCUGGGUCUCUUCGAGUACCUCGAGACGCCGUUGACGAACCUAGCGCCCGGCAAGGCCCAGGACGUCAAGGCGCAGAUCCUGGCGACCAUCAAGCUGCUUCUCCAGAAAGAGCGGGACAGCUUCCAGCCGCACGUCUCCCGGGGGCUCGAGGCGGUGGUGGCGGCCCGCGGCGCUUACGACUCGCGCACGCACAUCGUCAGCGGCCUCGAGCUGCUGGCCGAGGAGCUGGUGGGUAUCGGCGACCCGGCCGAGAUGGUCAUGACGAUGACGACGCUGCUGGGUGGCGGUGAUGAGGAGGUGAAGGCCACUACUCCUACGGCAGAGGGCUUCCGAAGCCUCAGCAUGGGACUGCACAUCCUGAAGGAGCUUCUCGAGAAACGCGAGAGCUUCGUGCCGACCGAGGGCGAGCUGGCCCAGCUGGCCGGACUGGCGGGUCGCAGUCUCGAAUCGGCCGAGUCCGGGGUCCGGAUGGGCGCCGUGCAGCUCUGCGUGGCGCUCCAUGGGCGGAUCGGGGACAGGCUGUUCUGGGAGACCCUCAGGGAUGUCAAGGACGACCCCAAGAACGUCAUCACGUAUUACAUUGCGAAGCGGCAGCGGGAGCGGGACGGGGCGGCAGUUUGAGGAGACGGCCGGACAUGACAACUUCGGUGCGGGGGCUGCUAUUAGAAAAGAAGUUCAGCGGCUAGAGAGCUGGCUAGCCUUUGGUCGCGAGACGUUAUAUGGCCCCCGAGAUGGACGUGACUGGGAGUUCUAGGCAAAUAUGGUGGUAAGGUUGGGUGAACGGGAUGGGAAUUCGGCAUGUGGACAUGGGGGGGG